UACUGAGAUUAAAGGGGCAUGUCAUUGUGGCUACUGGGAUUAAAGGUGUGUGUUGCCAUAAUCAGGUCUGAAAAGCUAAACCAGUAGGACUGUUUUAUUCUCAGAUCUUCAGGUAGUCUUUAUUUAUUAAAAAUACAGUUAAAAUAUCACUACACCCAUGUCCCUAGAAAAACCACGUGUUCUCACUUGCACAUAAAAUACAUGUGCAACGGCAGGAGCUCGUGGACCCCGUGAGCCCCAUCUGCCAUCUCCUCAGCAUCUGAGGGACCCUGGCAGAACAGCAGCCACCUUCAGUACCUCCCCAGGCCGUCACCCCAGAGUCCCAGCAGCGGGAAAGCAAGCCUCUACGUCCCCUUCUGCCUUCGGGGAUAGCCUCUGCCUGAAAAGAGGUGAAAACAGCGAGCCUUCAACCACAGUUUGAACGCCCGCCCUCAGGCAGUGGAGAAACUGCAGCUUCCCGGUUUCAGUAAACCCUCGUUAGGGAAGCCCUGCUGGCAGUGUAGACCUGGCAGGGGAUAAGCGACAGGAGGCAAGAGAAGUGUGCCCUGAAAUGCUUCUAGGACUGUGACAAAAAGCGAAGCGUUAAUCUAAGUAAUCUUAAUAAAAAAAACCGAGAUUCUGGGAGAUGAUACGUGAUCCCAGUGAGGACUCAGCGCUUGCCUGGACGUAGCUGCGGCUGCGUUCGUCUGCGCACCCUAACCGGAAGUCAGGAGGCGCGGCCAGUCAGCUAACAUGGCGGCGGGCUCCGCGUCCUCCCUGGGUGGCGGCGCGUGGCCCGGCUCCGAGGCCGGGGACUUCUUGGCCCGCUAUCGGCAGGUGUCCCACAAGCUCAAGAAGCGAUUCCUGCGGAAGCCGAACGUGGCCGAGGCCGGGGAGCAGUUCGCGCAGCUGGCCCGUGAGCUGCGCGCCCAGGAGUGCCUGCCCUACGCCGCUUGGUGCCAGCUGGCCGUGGCGCGCUGUCACCAGGCGCUCUUCCACGGGCCCGGGGAAACGCUGGCCCUCACCGAGGCCGCCCGACUCUUCCUGCGGCAGGAGUGCGAAGCCCGCCAACGCCUCGGCUGUCCGGACGCCUGUGGCGAGCCUCUGCAGGCGGCCGCCAGCGCCCUGGGCGCCGCCGUGCGCCUUCACCUCGAGCUGGGCCAGCCGGCCGCCGCCGCCGCCCUGUGCCUCGAACUGGCUGCCGCCCUUCGCGCCCUGGGCCAGCCGGCCGCCGCCGCCGCCCUGUGCCUCGAACUGGCUGCCGCCCUUCGCGCCCUGGGCCAGCCGGCCGCCGCCGCCGGUCACUUUCAGCGCGCUGCCCAGCUGCACCUGCCCCUGAUGCCGCUGGCCGCGCUGCAGGCGCUCGGCGACGCCGCCUCCUGCCAGCUGCUGGCGCGCGACUACACCGGCGCCCUGGCGCUCUUUACACGCAUGCAACGUCUGGCACGGGAGCAUGGCGGCCACCCGGUGCAGCACCCCGAGCCUCCUGGGCCCCAACCUCCCCCGUCGGGACCCCAGCCGAGACCUGGCUCGGCCCCGACCCUGCCCCUCCCGCUGCUCCCGGACCAAGCCCCAGGCUCUGCUGCGCCCUCUCCCCGCACACUGGGUGCCUUCGCAGACAUCCUUGUCAGGUGCGAGGUGUCCCGCGUGCUGCUGCUGCUGCUCCUGCAACCACCGCCCGCCAAGCUGCUGCCCGAGCAUGCCCAGACCCUGGAGAAGUACUCCUGGGAGGCUUUUGACAGCCACGGCCAGGAUAGCAGCGGCCACCUUCCCGAGGAACUGUUUCUGCUAUUGCAGUCCCUGGUCAUGGCUGCCCACGAAAAGGACAUAGAAGGCAUCAAGAAGCUGCAGGUGGAGAUGUGGCCGCUGCUGACUGCUGAGCAGAACCACCUCCUUCACCUUGUUCUGCAGGAAGCCGUCUCUCCCUCGGGCCAGGGGGUCUGAAAAGUCACCUAAACCAGACAACCUUUCCUCCUGGUACCAACUUGUUUCAUCUUUGGGGACAGGUGAUGGAAGAUCUUGUGAUCUUGCUUCUGUGUUUUUCUCGAUUCUGUUGCCACCGUGGUAGUUUUAGCUGUGCUUGCCUAGCUUGUUACAUAAAUUAGAGCCCACCAGGUCCACGCAUACUGCCUCAAACGAGGUAAAUUCAUCCCAUCCUUAAGGUUACACGAGACUGCACUGUGUAACAAUCUGCUUUCUUUAUGUGCUGGUCAGUUGCUGGAUACUGUGUUGAUUCAUUUUCCUGGUUGUUCUAUGUAUAGAGACAAUAAACAUGGGAGGAGAGGUGUUAAAACAACAACAAAAACAAGAGUCUGAUAUGGGGUAAAGACCUAGAAGAUCGUGGAACUAGGAGCAGCCUCCAGUUGUUUCCUUCCUUUCUCGGUCCUGAGUUGGAAAGGGCUGAGGUCCCAUCUCCACAGUGCUGGGAUUAAAGGCCUGUGCCACCACUUACUAGUGGCUAGCUCCACCCUCUGAUCUUGUGAACACAAACAAAAUAUCACACAACCAAAAUGGACUCUGAUUGUAUGUCCCUACCAAACCGCACGCCUAAGAUCCGAAUGUGGCUGGGUAUGUUAUUAUUUGCCUUUAAUCCUAGCACUGGAGAGGCACAAGGAGUACCUUUACUGUGAGGCUAGCCUGA